AUGUUCAUAUUACGAUACUGUGGAUUUUGCGCUCGAUCUGUCGAGACGAACGCAACGAUUGGAAAUCAGUCCGAAAUCUUGGACGAACCGGUCAUAAUUGAACCUUUUCCGGAUGUCACUACUUUGCAGCUUGCGCAUCCAUCAGAAUUGCCGGGAAAACCUGCACAGCCAUCUGCAAUGGUGCCGCUCCAUGCAUCAACAAACUGGGAAGUUUUUGAGGAAAUUUCACCGGCAAAGAAAGUUGACGUUACACCAUCCUUCUUUCCUUCUGAUAAGCUUGGAAAUGCAUCUGACGAACAGAUUGACAUGCACAGUGCACUGGAUAAACGCAUCAGUUCUCGCGAGUACAUCCUAAGCAUUACAGAUGACGAACUUUCUCGUUUUCCUAUUGCAUUUAUUGAAUCAUUUUAUCCAGACCUAUCUCCUGGUGAAAUUAUGCAACUGGAGCAACGAUUAUGCGAUUUGAAAACUGGAUUUUCUUGUAGUGAACGAAGUUCGGAACCACUUUCAGUAAAAAGUGAAAAUUUUUUGAAGUCCUACCGUCCUCAACUUACGAUCUGUACCGAUGCCGGUUUUCAAGUAGAUAACAAACGCAGUAAUCAAAGUGGCUUCGAUAUUCGUCAGUUAAUUCUAGCUUCUCAAAACCGAAAGAUAAUCCCAUUAGAUUGGAAAGUUAUUGAACAGUUACAACCUUUUUUAUCAGUCAUCGAAUUUCAGAAUAUGGCAAAAAAAAUGGGUUUUCACACGCUUUUGCAGAAGCAAGAACCUCAUUUACCAUUAUCAGAUCCCGCCAACUCGCGUACAGCUUCAUCAGAUAUAUAUAAUGCUCUAGAUCUUAACCGAAAUACUUAUCCUUCAACUGGAGAGUCGUCAUUCUCUGCUAAUAGUUCAUCGUGUUCUAAGGAUAUUGCUAAACAGAAUGCAAGAGAAAAGUUAUCACCUGUAAUAAAGAUCGCAGAUACGGAGUCAGAAAAUGUUGAAGUGCAUGAAUCGAAUAGUUCAAAUGAACAAACAGUGAAAUCUCUUGUUGACGAUUUAUUAUUGAAAUUGUAA